AUGGCGGAAGAGCAUCGAUUCCAGGCUCCUGAAAGCCAUCGCUUGUGUUCGAAUAAUUGCGGGUUUUUUGGUAGUCUUGCUACGGAAAAUUUAUGUUCCAAAUGCUACAGGGACCUGUUUUUGAAGGAGACCCAUAAAAAACCCGGAGAUUCUCCUUUAAUUUCCACGCCUUUGGUGGCGGAGACCGCUCCGCGACCGCCGCCGUCCACGGUGGCGCACUCAUUUUCCUCGACGGUUUAUAGGGAGUGUCCGGAGGUGGAGACGGUGGCGCAGCCCAACCGAUGCUUCACGUGCAGGAAGAAGGUGGGAUUGACGGGUUUUAAGUGUAGGUGUGGGACCACUUACUGUGGGACCCACAGGUACCCGGAACAGCAUGGGUGCAACUUUGAUUUCAAGGCCAUGGGAAGGGAAGCCAUAGCCAAGGCCAAUCCUUUGGUCAAAGCUGAGAAGUUGGAGAAGAUAUGA